UAAACGUUUGGCCGCACUGGAGGACCUGGUCAAAGAACCAAAGAACCACAAAGAACUUGGUGAACAUCGAGAUUCAUCGGUCUCAAUACGAAGAACUGUCAAAACUCAAAAAAUGACAAUGUCUUGCAACGAAUUUAUGUAUAACUAAGAAGAAUAAUCGGAACUGAAAAAUAUAAUUGAUAAGAUUCAAAUAAUACGAAUGAAAAAAAUCGCAUUUCAGUAUUACUCGUUGUUGUUUACUUAAAUUUCGAAACGGUUUAGAUAACCUGUAAAUACACUACAAUUCCGUUUAUUAAACAAAUUCUAGGUUAUUCUAUUUUAUUUGUGCCGUAUUUACUUCUUUAAUGAUAUUACUUACGCGGUAUUAUGAAGGUGUACAAUGGAGGUUUCGGAGACAACAAACCUUGUUAGAGACUUGGAUUUAACCCUACAACCUCGUAUUGCUCCGCGGUAUAAAACUUGGCUUCCUCUUGCUACACAGCAGUUGAGGCUUAGGAAUCUUAUACAAAUAAUAGGAUGCAAUUUAAAGUCAAAUGCAACCAAUGAAGUUUGUUGGUUUUAUUAUACUCUACAUAGAACAAGUAUGUCUUCUCCUUUGUACACGAGUGAGACAAUUGACAAUGCAAAUCCCAGGUGGUCGAGUCUUGAAGUACCAACUAUACAAGCCACCGGUUAUUCUACUGCCAGUGAAGUUAUUCUAAGGCUAUGGAAAAGGAUGGUUAUAGACAAUGUAAUGACUGAUGUAACUGUAUUUACAUGGGGCAUAUCUUUCAAUGGUUUGGCAUACAUGGGCUCGAAACUACCAAACACUUUAGGUACUGUCCUAAAAGAAAAUUCUCUAAUCUUUCAAUUUCAUGGUGGUUUUUUCACACCAGUAUAUUGUUUCAUUGAAACUCCUGAGUUAAAAAGGUACUUGCAUAUGAAAGUCAACACAUCAGAAAUAAAAGAUAGUUAUACAGUGAGUAAGCUGAGCAUCUUGAGAAUAAACAUGGGGACACUCAUGCACCAGACAGUAUUAGUGCAAAAACUUCGGAUGCAGAUAGCAUCUGGGGAUAACUUCCACACUCCAAAAUACUUGCAAUCAUCGUUAGAUAGAUUAUUUCAACCUCGUAAAAUAAAUAAGGAAAAGAGAGCCGAGAUAAUAAAAAUACGCAAGGAAUUAGAAAUGGCUAGGUUUAGGACAAAAUUGCUAGAACAAGAACGGACAAGGAAAAUGGGAGAACUAAGAGUAUUAACUCAAUUGCAUUCUAAUAUCAUGGAGGAAAAUCAAGAUUACGGCCUGGAUUUGAUGGAAAGGUAUAGAGAACUUAACAAAGACAUAGAAAGAUUACAUGAAUGGAGACAAAAUCAAAUAGACACAAGAGAAACAUAUGUUCAAUUGAGUAGUCAGCUUGCUCACAGAAGAAGGCAAUUAAUUUCAGAAUUAAGUUUAAUAUAUCCUAUUACUCAGGAUGGAAACGGGAAAUUUCGAAUACAUAAUGUACAUCUACCUGAUAGCGAGGAUUUAGAAUUAUCAAAUGAUACCGAAGUAGCUGUAGCAUUAGGAUUUGUUGCACAUACUACGCAAAUGGUUGCUAAUUUCCUUAAUGUACCUACUAGAUAUCCUAUUAUACACUAUGGAUCGCGUAGUAAAGUCAUAGAUCAUAUCAAGGAAAACUUACCUGACAAUGAAAGGCAAUUUCCACUAUUUGCCCGAAGUAAGGAUAAACUACAUUUUCGUUACGCUGUUUAUUUAUUAAAUAAAAAUAUAGCUCAACUAAGGUGGUACUGUGGCCUUCCAACAACAGACUUAAGAGCAACUCUUCCAAAUCUAGCUACCUUGAUAAAUAUUAGACCAAAUCAAUCACAUUUGGAUAAUUCAAAACGAACAUAUUCUGUUUCAUCUCUGGAUAUCGAAGUUGGAAAUGGUAAACAAAAUGUACCACUGACACCACCAAUACAAAAAAUAAUUUUCGAAAAAUGUCAUCGAUCUUCGCGAUCUAUGAAUCAGUUGAAGAGUAUAAAAUCUUCUCUCGGUUCUUCUUUGGAUCAAGGUUUAGAUAAGCCUGUACAGUCCCUCGUUUUAGGCAGCCAAUCAAAACGAAUUUGCAAAUCGGAAGAAUGUGCCAUUGACAAUAAAGCAUUGGUACUAAUAAAAGAUAGGUCAAGCAAUAGCAGCAGUGAAACCUUAAAUAACGCUAUCUCAAGCAACGUCAGUGAUACCAAUGUCGAAGACAGCAGUCAAGUAAAUAAUGAAAUUGUGGUAGAGAGUAAUAUUGAAAUUAUGAUACCCACGUCGGUUUCUAAAUCGACUAACGUUACGGAUAGCUUGGAAAGUUCGGUGAGCGUAAGAGAGAGGAGCUCAAAUUCUGUAAGCAGUUGUGAAAUGGCACUUAAUAGUAGUCAAAAUGGAGACGAUAGUUCAAAUGAUAAUAAUAUAAUUAAAAAAGACAAAAUCGAAGAAACUAUUUCAAUCAGUAAUGAGAUCUUGAAAAAUGUCAACGACGUUGUAGAUAAUGCGUUAAAAAACGGAAGGCAUAGUCGAGAUUAUAAUUCAGAAAAUGAAGUUCCACAAGAUUGUGAUAAUCCUAGAAUGCCAGAUAGUGAAAUACAUUACAAUGUUCACGAACGUAGUACGGGUGCUAUGGAAACGUCAACGUACAACAAGGGACAUUUUAGUACGUCAUGCCUAUCAUUAGACGAUAUAAUAUUAUGUACCUAUGAAGAAACUAAAAAGAAACAAAGGACAAGUUCCAUUUGUAGUUAUCCAGAAGAGUAUCCUUCAUCGAAAGAUAGUAUGUCGCAGAAACAAUACAACUCGGAAUCGAAGAAAGAUAGAGCAGACCCGUUGCAUUCUAAAAAUUGGUGCCAUAAUGAUGCAAACAGAGAACCAAUGUUGGAAACAGAAUUAGUAAAAACAGCACAGAAAUCAGACUGUUAUUCGUAUGAUGAAACAAAGAAAUGUGACUUUGAGGCAUCAAGUGACUACAUAGACAUUAUUAGGCGAAGUUCGGAAAAUGUGUAUGCACGCACUGAAGCUUUGGCUAAUAAGAAAACCAGUUUUAAAGUAAUGAAACCACGUCUGUAAUGUUUACAUUCUAAAAUAUAACACAACGUUGUUAUUGCUCUAUAGUUCAUAUCUAAAUAUACCAGACCCCAACAAAAGUCAAUGCACGACUUACAUAGAAAAAUUAGAAUUAAUUCUUAUUAUUAAUAAGAUAUAAUAAGAAUUAUUUAUUGAUUAUGUUGUAAAAUGUUACUGUAGAUUUAUAUUGUAUUUAUUCAUUUUGAAAUUUGAUGAAAAUUUAAGACGAAACGUGAUUGUGUAUAGUUUAAGUAUUACUAUCCAAAUUUAACAAAUUUAGGUAUGCGUGUGUGUAUAUACAUACAUAAAUUUGAAUUUUCUUAUGCAUGCGUGCGUCUGUGCAAUAUAUGGUGGUCGUGCAAUUAGUACUAAUUGUGCAUUUCUUUAAACAAACAAUAUCAUGAAUCUAUUAAUUAACUGCUACUCGGAAGAGAAUAUUUCACCGUACUUGUAUAAUUAUUACAAUAUGAAAAUCGGCAUACGUUUAUAUAUUUUUAAUUGUGAUGUUUAUAUUUACUAUGUAAAAUUAGUGCUGUUAAUAUACCUGUGUAUAGAUAAAAUGAUUAUGUUGACUUAAUACACGUAAUUCUAAAUAAUAUUUGUAUACAUAUUUAAGCAUGUUUCAAUAUAUUUCACAUCGUUAAAUUCACUAGUAUUUAGGUAAUAAUUGUGAUAUUGAAUUAAAAUUUUUAAGUAUAGUUUUCACAUUCUUGUGGUUAAAAAUGCUAUUUUUUAUACAAAAUACAUGCGACCAUGAACAACCAAAGUAUUACCGGUAUUGCUUUACAAAAUAGUUUGUGUACUAAUUUUAUGCUACUUUCGUAACGAAAUAUUACAGUAUAAAGAAAACAAAAAUGCAUAUGAUAUUUUUAAUGAUGAAAUACAAAAUUUACAAUAUUUAAAUAACGUGAUAUAUUUUAUAAUAUAUUUAUUGUAUCAGUGUAAGUAUAUUCUUUUUACUAAGUUAUCAAAUACUUUUUAUAAUGAUAUUACUAUUAUUUACUAUAGUUAAGAACAUUAUGUUGAUAACUUCACACACAACAAUUAGUCUUAGAUAAGCUAUAAACAUAUGUAUGUAAGAAUUACUUUUUUUUAU